GUUGAUAGCACUUACCCCUCUGAUAGUGAGAUGACCGUCCUUGCGAUCAUGCAAAUCUACUCGAUGUUCAAUUUUUGGACCUUCGCGCUAGUGACAGUCCCAUGUAUUAUGCUCGACCCAGAGCCAUGUCUCUACCAGUGCUCCCAACCCGCCUUAUGCCCUACGGACUCGACAGUCAAGCCACUUAAUAUGUCCGGCAAAACACAAAAACAACAACUUCCGCUGGAAGUACCACACCUCAGCCGACACAUAGCGUGAUGGCAAAGCUUGUACGAUGGCUUACAUCGUUC